GUCGCCGACUGUGCGAUGCCUGUCGAAGAUGGCGGAUGUGCGGUUUUAGGUGGUGGAUAUGUAUGAGACGUUAGCUUAGACGUUUCUAUGCCAUCCCGCUUAACAUCUAAACGUUGCCGGAUAUGAAAAGGCACACACCUUGGAUCGCAGUCCUCAUACUCUAUGUAACUGCCGAAGUUCGCUCGAGAAACUAUCAAGGACCAUCAUGGCGUUUGAGGAACGGUAUGCUGCUAGAGCGGAGCUUGCGUCUGCAGCCCAGCUGGACUCCCGAGAGAGGCUGGAAUGACCCAGAAGAACGAAUGGCAGAAGAGCCCCGUUUCAGGCAUGGGGAAAUUAGUAUUUCGAGUGACCGGGAGGCACCUGAACUUGGGGAGCGCAGUAGCCUUGGUGGCCCAUCCAGUGCAGAGGUUGCUGAGAGUGAUGUCUCUGGAUUAGACAGCCUUGUUGAUGAAUCUGCCAUUGUAGUGGGUGCCUCGGGUGACAGUGGAAGAGUUGAUAAAGCCACCCAGACCAAUUCAUCAGAAGAGGAUGUAAAAUUUGCAGCACCGCAUGCAGGGGCAUUGAGAGCAGGACCUGAUGAUAGCCAGCACUACGUCGUGAGGAAAUCUGCCUCUGUUAUCUCUGAUAUUUCUUUUGUAGUGCUUGUAGCAGGUUGCAGUGCUGUAGCUGUAUUUGGAGUGGUUGCGGCUGGUUACUGCUUCUACAAGGUCCAGAAGAAUGCACGUGCAGCUGCUGAUGUGGACUAUCCGGCAUAUGGGGUGACAGGGCCGAACAAAGAAGGGGCUUCUCCAACGGCUGAUCGCAAGCUGGCCCAAAGUGCCCAGAUGUACCAUUUCCAGCACCAGAAACAGCAGAUGAUUGCCGUAGAGAAGAACCAUACUAAUCGACACACCUCAGCAUCGGAUGUGGAUACUGAGGAGGAAGAAAAUGAGGAAGGUGAUUACACGGUCUAUGAGUGUCCUGGCAUGGCCUCGGGUGGCGAGUUGGAAGUCAAAAACCCACUGUUUCAAGACGACCAUCCAAUUGUGCUGGCCACACCAGAAGAUUUGGGCAGGACAUGUGAUGAAGAGAGAAAGAAGCGUUCACCCUGAGAAAAAAAUGAUGUGCAAGGCACCUCCUCCUCUGACACAUUGACCUCUGCGUUGCUGCUCCUAGGUCAUCAGUGAGCACCUUUGGGCUUGUUUACCUGAAACAUGUUUCCUUGAAGGUCUAAAAACAGGUUCUUAAUUAAUGUUUUGUUUUUCUCCCAAGAAACUUCUGUGCUUAUGUCUGUUGAAGGCGUCAUGAGCAAUGUUAUAUAUGAGUUUUUGAAAAACUGAUGUUGGUUUAGCCCAUGCUUUUAUGAACAGCUUAAACAGCCUUGCAUAUGUAUUUAGUAAACCUUGUCUAAUUCAGUGGACACUCUAGCAGUGUUGUACGUACUCCACGUGCAAGGUAGGCGUUUCUAACUUCUUUUUUGUACCAAUAUUUUUGGAUGUUUUGUAAGUUGGGCUAUGCUUUUUUUUGCCCUCAGCCUUGAGUUUUCUUUUGCUAUUUCCACGAGUAAGCCAUAAUUUCCAACUUCAUAAGUUGCUGAGAAGAAUAUGUUACAGGUAAAUUAGAGUGACUGAACGUCUAAUUCAUUGCAGUCUGUUCACAUAAAUGGGAGAUUAAACCCACAUGUCUUUGAUGCUGUAAGUGUGCACAGUGGGAAAGCAAUGUGUACUUGUUUGAAAUUUGGGUUAUAAGUCUAUGAAUUCUUUUCAUCUGCAAUAUACUGAAGAACUGUAGCUGCUGCUUUUUGCACAUUGUUGCCGCACCAAAGCAUGUUUUUCUUGAUAUAUAUUAUUUGAAUUCUGCAUUUGAUAGUGUUCACAACCACUUAUGUUUUACAUUUGCACUUGGCUUUUACAAGCCAUACUAUGUUUUUUUAAGUAAACAGAUUGUAUGGUUUAAUCGUAGAAAAUCAGUGGUUGAUGCUGGGUGCAUUUAUAAGUGUUUUGCUUGCUGUCUAGCUACUGAGGUCAUGGGCACAUUUGUGGAGCCCUUUAGCUUUCAAUGUUUGAACUUCUACCUUAUAUAGUUUUUGUCCUUGCAUUUAUUUAUCCUUAUGAUAUAGUUUAAGAGCAUGAAAAAUUAGAAACUGCUGUUUUCUUUUGUUAUUAUUUAUGUAUGUACAUUUAUAGUGUUUUGCCAUGCUUACUGCGAUACAUUUUUAAAAUAAUUUUCUUGGCAGUUGAUGUCAGACAAUUUUUUUUAUAUACUUGUUAAAAUAACCCUACUGGGUGUAUAGUCUGCAUUGUUGAACUUAGCUUAGCUUUCACAGGGAAGUGUUGUUUUCCCUAUGGGGUGUUGAAGAAGGAAACCAGAGUUUUAUCUCCCGCACUACCAUACAAACUUAUGUGAUGUGCUGUGUCCCCAUAUGUUUCACCUGUUUUUUUCACAAGUGCAUGGUUUUUGUCAGCGUUGAAGGUCCCCCCCCCCCCCCGUGGCUGGUACCAGCUACGAGUAGUGGCGAUGAGCUAGCUAUUCUAAAUGUGACUGGAAGCAAGCAUUUGUAUUGUGCUGUAAUAAUUUGGUGUAAUUGCAUGACCCAGUGGGGGUUGAAAGCUACACUUUUGACUUAUACUGGAAGUGUUCUAGUCCCGAGUCGUGUCUGUUUGUUUUUUCCCCUUUUUCUCCCUCUGAAAUUUCAUCUUAACGUUCCUAAAAGGUGGAAGGGGGCACAGUUUUAUAGCCAUUGUGAAAGCUCUGCAGGACUUUUGUCCAAAAGGAACAGCAUGCGAGUCUUUCAGUUACUGUGCUCGCACCAUGGGCAUUUUACAGCCAGUUUAUAGAUCAGCAGUGGCUAAUAAUAAAUGAUGUCUGCACCAUAGCUACAUUCCACAUUUCAUGAAAUGGUAUAUUGUUUACUAUUCAGGGAAAACAGCUUUAAAGUUAUACCAUGCUUUUAGUUGCAGAUUAUGUGAUUUAAUGCUUCUAAAGCUCCAAUUGCUUGAUUGUGAUAAUGCAAAGAUAUUCAGGGCUGGUAACAGUGUCAGGGGAACCUGCAGUGUUGUGCCUUGGGGGCCACAAUGAGGCUCAUUGUUAAAGGUGUCAAUGCAGUAACAGAGCCACACCUAAAAGUGCUGUACUGUUGUCACGCAUUUCGGCUCUCUUUUGUGCAACGCAGGAGUAUGCGCAUAGUACUGCAGUCACACAAAUUUGAACAUACCGCAAACUUUUUUACAUAUAACAGCACACUACACACAUUUGUCACCACGUGGCACGAAACUUGGAAGUAACAAGCAGGCCUUGCAAACCAAACAAUCAGCUUUCGUGCAGCAAAUUUUAUUUAUUUUUUGGCAUUGAGGGACUUUACGUGAGUGCACACCAAUCAUGCUACUUGCUGCGAGCACUGUCAGCUGUAUCCAUCUAGUCACACUUUUGGAUUCUCAACACUUUUGUCAUGCAAAUUUAUUCCAGUAUUCGCCCAGUGCAAUGUUGAAGCACCAAAGUGAAUUAUAUUCUAUAUUGUAAGUGUUUAUUUUUGUGUCAGAGACUGGUUGCAGUGGAUCUGAAAGACUGAGGAACCUGCCAUUCUUGUACUACAGCCAAAAGCUUUGCAGUCCUUGGGAGUAGUGCAAGAAUUUACUGAUAGCACAGUAUAGCUCUUAUUUUCUUUUGUAGACAAUAUUCUUGUUAGCUCUUAAGAAACUCUAUCUACCUGCCUCCCCCCCCCCCCCCCCCCCCGCCCCGCUUAUUUGCUGCUGUUUUUUUGUUUAUGCUGCUAGUUUUAACUUCUUUCUUGUUUUAAAUGUAUUGCUUGCCUCACCUGGCCAGCAUGGAUUACAAAUUAUUAUUGAAGCACGCAUAUUAUCCCGAUAACCCGGAGCUCUCUCUGCUGUUUUUACUCUUUUAAUGUCUUGCAAGUACACUGCAAGCACUGUCUUUCCACUAGUCCUAGUGUUCAGGGUCAGUAGAUAUGAGUAAAGGUAUGUUAUAUAUACAUAAAAUGUGCAUGAAUAAAUGUUCAUAUAUUCGGUCUGCCAUCCCUGGCAUUCUUCCAGUAUGGGUAUAAAUUGUAGAAGUGGACCUUGUUAUGGUUAUCUUAUAGCCUCAUACUUUUGGAAGCCGGAAACAAGUCUGUUUUGCUCUACUGGCUGUUUGUUUUAAAGUUGUAAUCUUUAUAAGAAACUUGUACUAUUUUUGUAGCAUGCUAGCGCACUUUUUUUUUUUUAAUUCAGAAGUAUUAUUAUUCUGUUCAAACAGUGUCCUUAAUAGGAAUUGUUUAGGAGCAUUAUUUGUAAUAAAUGUUCAUUUGGCUGGUUAGUACAUCUUUAGCAGCAGAAUUUAAACACCAUGACACAGAUAAGAGCCACAGGACAGCACUCUGUCCUAUGGUUCUUGUAUUUGUCCCGUGUCGUGCUGCUUACAUACCUGUAAAGUUUUUGUACAUAUGUUUUUCUUCAGAUUAUGCAAACACUAUUCUCCUGUGUUUAUAGGUAAUAAGGUUCAAAGGUUUAUCCUAAUUGCUAACCAAGUGUUAUCCUAACCAAGUGUGAUUGUAGGCUACGUUCACACUUGGUGUUGAAGCAGGCGAAAGCUGAAAAAAACUUGACAAAAUCCGCCCGCCUAGGUGGCGAAACGGGCGGAAAACCAGGCGCUGAGCCCGAUCGGUCUCGGACCAAUUUUUUCGCCGUGGCGAAGCGGAAAGCGGUUCCGCUUCACCGGAAGCUGCACUAGCAUGUAAACAUCCGGCCGUAAAAUUUAACAUUCUCCCUUGUUCAUUGUCCAUUUUUAGGAAGAACAACUAGCUGAAAGUAUGAAAACUAUGUCUUCUUCCUCAUCCAGGGCAGACGAAAGUUAAAUACGACAUGCGCAGUUGCACGCAAUGAUAGCUUUUGAUAACUGAUGGGUCAAUCAAGGAACAUACCACUUAAAUUGGUGUGAUGAACAGCGCCAUCACGCAGACAAAUGUACACACACUAGAAGGAUGUGGGCGAAAGUGGCAGUGGUUCCCGUUGCAGUGGCGAAGCAAAUGUGAACAUUUUGGGCAUGCGUGGAAAAGAUUUUCCGGCCGCUUGCCGCUUAGCAAGUGUGAACGUGGCCUAAAAUGACUGCAGCAUCGAAUGUAGAAGGGCAGCAGCGUGUUGCUGAGAAAGCCAGUUUCUUGUGCUUCCGUCGGUAAAAAUUCAGCUUUCUGAUAUGAUAUAUAAUGCUGCUACAGCUAAAAUAUUGAUCUAGGACGCAUGAAAAUUGGUGAGUUUAUGCGUCAGCUGCGACACAAUUCAAAAAUAACAUUUCUGCAAUUUACUGACUCAAAGACCCGCUGAUCCCCUUUAAAGUAUGGUGCAGAAUUUUAUUAAAAUAAUAGUGACAUAAUGGCUGCAGCAGCCUUGAACACAGUAACAUUUGUGUGAGUUCCAACAGGUUGCCAUACUAAAAAUGGGGUGGGGCUGUUUUGUGUGUACUAACCAUUCCAAAUAAACACCAUCAUUUCUUGCUGUGUUGGCACUGCACAGGUUAUGGGCGAGUUCGUAUGUUCAUGUUGGUGUGUUGAGUGUGAAAACAACAGACAAGAGCAAAACCAAGAAAUGCGCACUUGUGUUCUUCUCUGUUCUACUUUCUUACAUUGUUUUCACGGUGAACCUGCCAACAUUGCAUUUUCGAUAUUGCUGUUUAUAGCCUGAGCUGUAAAACUCAAUGCUCUUGUAUUGGGUUGAUAGCAUAACACCAUCAUGAAAAAGUUGGGCCUCUGGCUAUGCAGAUGGUGGCUUUUCGCUCACUGGAAUACAGGUUGUUUCUUUUUCCUCUCCUGUUGAAUUCAGAAUGCACUGCAACAUGGCAUUAUCCAUCCCAUAUGUUUAAAUACAUCAUGUCUCUCUCUAUCUUUUUUUAAUAGUUAACGAAGAAACAAAGGCUUGUGACAUACUGCUGUGACCAACCUACUUAUUAUCCUUGAUUGCAACUCGGUGCUGCACCCAGGCAUGCUUUGCACAUGACAUUGUCUUCUUUCUUGUAUAUUUGCGUGAGAGUACUUUCAUUAAAAUCUGGUCAGGGCAUCCGUGCGCACAUGUAAUGCUUGCAGAUUGUGGCUGCUUUUUUUCUUUUAUUUUCUUGGUUUUGUUGUUUGUUUGUUGUUAUUGUUUCAUUGGCAGGGAUGGGACUCCUGCGCCAAUUGCACCAUUUUGAUACAAAACAAAUUCCUGUCACAGAAAAUUGACGGAAAUCAUGUUGCGCUGGUGCCAGAACGGCCUCGGCAUGUGUUCUCCAGCAGUGGUCGCGAACGCCAAGUGGAUUUGUUCUCCAUAAAAGAGUGCAGCCAUUCACAUGCUUCACACCCUGCCAUGACACCUCCCGCGCAGUUUCUCGUAAUUUUCAUGCUUAUAACACUGGACUUUUUGGCGCUUCCAUCAAGUGGCUGUUGCAUGCGUGACCAUGCACUCCUGGCAGUCAUCGCUGCCGGCAAAACGGCCAGGGCAGCUAUUUAGAGUGUACUAGGAUGUGCUUGAGUGGGCCAAGCAACGUGGUGCUGAGGCGCAGAACAACAAAAAGGCUGAGGGCGCUGCGAGCGAACUAGGUAUUGGGUAAGCGCGCUGCAGUGCAAUCAGCAGGCAGGCAUCUCUGUCCCCAUGGCCAGUAUAACGUAAAACUAUUCCAAUGUGUCUUCAUACCCACAUGGGCAAGGCAUGAACCAUUUUGACCUAAUAGCAGAUUUCGAAUAAAAAGUAAGAUUUUCACCGAAAGGCAAAGCAUCAAUUGCAAUAGUGAAUUAGUAGACAGCUGUACUGUACGAAGUAAGGAUAGUAGCUUUAUUGGCCAUAUAAACUUGUUAACAUUUGCUUACUAACUCUGUUAACGAGCAUGGUGUCACGCGGGCAGAAGCGAACAUGAACACAUCUCGCUCGACGACCACGGAAACUCGAUGUCGAAAUGCUGAAGUGAUAAAGUGCGGCAACAGCAGCGAGCGAAUUGACCUUCGUGCUGCCUCUUGAUUCAACGCGAAUGAAGCGGCGAAAACAGUGCACAUGAAGCUAUCGGCACUCGCACUCUGUCCCCAUCGCAGAUCGCUUUGAAGAUAGGGCCCGUGCGGCUGCACCAUGCCCAACAGCCGCCGGAGUAAAACGCCUCCUCCUCCUAAUGCCUUGCACGCGCAAGAUUCAGCCGCCAUUGUCUGCUCACCCUUGCACGCUUUCACUCGUACUUGCAGCAUAGGGAAGGCGGUGACGAUGGUAUUGCCCCCUGUACUUUAUACGGAACAUCACGACAAUGCCGACGCCAAAAAUGUGCCUGGAGUGUCCAUAUAAUUUCUAUUGCAAGCAAAACUGAUUGGAAUAGUUUUACGUUAUACCAGCCCAGGGUUGAUCGCGGCUCUCUGGGUCUGCAGUGACAUAUGGUGACCCAUAAAUUGUUAGUGCAUCAAUUGGACCACCUAAUUGGAGAAAAUUUUCUGCUAUCAUCAUCAGCAUCGAUGUGGGAAUAUAUAGUUCGAUUGUAGUACCACCAGUGUUUUCAGCUUUACAGGAAAGCAUGGGCCGUGGCCCUGCUCGACCCACUCUUCCAUAAUCUAGUACACUAUAGCUACAAAGCAUGCCUCUACUACGAGCUUCGAGUUGGUUUAUUCCGUUUCAUCGUAGUUUCAAAGUGCGCUGCCAAAUCCAUUAUUCCACCAAAAUUUUAUCUGCUCCAAAUUGCUCCAAAAUGAAAUUUAGUCUGCUCCAAGCUGCUCGAAAAUGCAAUUUUAUCUGCUCCAAAACGCAAUAUUACUUGCUCCAAAAAUUGUACCUAAAUGACUUUGGGCAGUCCCACCCCUGCACUUAGCUAAAAAUACAAUAAGGCAAUAUGCCAUUUGUACUAGUUAAAAAGCUUCCAUGAUGACAAAGCGUAAAAGAAUGUAGGUUCAAGUGAAAUUUCUUUCCUUGCGUUCUCUCUUUUCUCUUGUGGCUGUUGUAAAAGAAAAAAAAAAAGGUAUACAGAGGUGCUUGCUUUUCUGAUUAAAAUUGAGCUUUUGUGCCAGGGAAAAUCGGCGAAUAAGUUUCAAAGGCUACUUCUAGAAUGCACAUAUAAUUGCAUAAAACUGUGUUGCAUGUAUUCACUUGUUUCUCCCAGCAUACCCUCUGCCUGAUACCAGUUAAAAAUUUUUAAGCUCUCACAUGUUUAGCUUCAUCUCUUGCUUUACCAGCUGUAAUGUAUGCUAAUAUGUAGUUGAGUAUAAACUCCAAGCAUCAAUUAGGAGGGCAUGACCGGGCCUAUGAGUUAAAAAAGGAACCUUAACCUAUAAUAAUAACAUGAGCUCUUGUCUAACUGAAUACCGGGGAGAAAAAAAAAGUUGAUGUCCAGUUCUUUAACAGUACUACUAAGAACUCAUCGGGGUAAAAAGAAAAAAAAAAAAAAAAAAAUAUAUAUAUAUAUAUAUAUAUAUAUAUAUAUAUAUAUAUAUAUAUAUAUAUAUAUAUAUAUUGGAGCAUGAAAUUACAUAUUCAGUACCUGUGUUUCGGAAACAGCUGCCAGAAUGUUUUGUACAGCGUUUGUUGGAUCACUGGGAAAUAGCAGUAAGUUGUGGUUCAGUGGCACAGCAGACUGACAGCUUUUAUGUAUCUCAUUCAAGCUAAAAGAGAAUUGUAUAGUAUUAUUGCAUAGUGUUAAUUAUGGUUAAAGAGACUAACAUGUGUGUCUAGCCACUGAGCCUUAAAAAUGUCUGAUACAUGGGGAAAAAUGACCAAGUGAUUAUGUUCAUAAACAUUAGUUAGAAGAUGACUUUUAGGCUGUGGAAGUAUUAAAAGGAUGCGCGAAACCAGCAACCCAUUACCACAGUAUUUUCAUUAAUUGGUCUUCGCUCUUAUACUAUAUGUAUGCACCCUGUGCAGAAUCAACAAAGUACUUCACAGAAUCACUUUUUCUGCCCGGCAGUUCUUGUACUCCAAGUCACUAUUGAGAUAAGGUGGCUGUAUUUUUUGGGGGGGAAGUCAUUUUAAAGUGUGCCUUUCAGUCAACCAUUUUAAUAUAUCCUUCCCGUACCCCGAGACGAAGGGCUGUUCACUUACCAAGACUGCUGGGGUUUAAUGAUUUAUGAUGAAUACAACCAGAUUGUAUAAUCUGCUUAUUCACCCAGUGACUACCUGGACCAUUGAAUAACUGUACUAAACACACACAUACAGGGCGUCUUUAUUUAGAUGAUAUAGAUUUUUUUAUAAAAAGGCUAUAGUGCAGAGAAUGAGGCAUUUUUGCAGUUACUAGGUUGCGGUGGACAUACUUUGCUAGUAAUAAUGUGAGCUCCAGAAGACUAACGAAAAUUUUUAAUUUUUUUUUAUUAGUGCCUUAGGGGCAGUUGUUUAAAUGGUGAAUUUGAAGGCAGUCGCAUAUUAAUGCAGCUAUAAGGUAAAUCCAGGCAAUAUCGAAACCAAGCCCCGCGAGAGCACAGAAAAGGUGGCCCUGCUAUCCUGUCGUACUGAAAUACCCUAUGACGGCAAGGGCAAGGAAGUUUAAUACCGAAUGUCUUGGACACUCAUGGCAGCCACUGAUACGGAACACUUUGUCUGGCAAGUAUGUGGAGCUGUGUGUUGGGUCAGGAUUUGCUGUGGCAUGCUAUCACUCAAACUUCACCCCACACUUUACGGGGAGUUGCCAUCUGACACGCAACGGGACGCACUCAGUCUCUAUAUUUCCUCGAAUGAGCUUUGGAAUUUAUUAUUAAUCACUCAAAUUAGGUGCUGUUUUGAAGAUGUUCAAAAGAUGGGUGUGCAUGAAAAUGCCACUACCUCCAUAUUUGUCAUUUAGACAACUGCCUCCAAGGCACCAAUGAAAAUGUUAAUUUUUUUUAGUCUUCUGAAGCUCACAUUGUUAGUGGCAAAGUAUGUCUGCCUCGCCUAGGAACUCAUCUGUACAAAAGCCACGUUCGCUGCACUCAUUGCUUUUUAAAUGGAAAAAUCUGACUAGUCUAAAAAAAGCCCUUUAUGUGUGUGUGUGUGUGCACAAAGUAUCUAGCAACCUUGAAAACGGAAAACGUGGAAUUGUCGGAAAUGUUUAGCAGUUGGAAGAAAGAAUGGAAUUGCAAGGGUUGUUAGUUUUUGGUUGUGGAGACAUUGUUUGCUGAUAUAGGUCAGGGAAACCUGGAAAAGUAGAGUUGGGAAGGAGUGAUUUACUGGGCACCUUUAUGUAGAAUCUUGGCACUGUUAUUCUAUGGCCUCAAAUAAGAACCUAACUCACUUAAUUCUGGUACAGUUUUCUGUUGUUCUUUGAGCGACGUGAUGCCCUGCACCAUUUUUCUUUUAUUCAGGCACAGUUGGUUGCACUGAACUGGUUGAAAGUUGGAACAUUUUAGUCAAAAACAUUGGGAAAGUCAUUCUUAUUGUCCGCCGUGCUGUCUGCAUUGAGCAUGCAUACAUUGGCAACUUAUAUCACCUUUGUUUAAUGUUGCGAAGUGUGCUGCCCUCUGUAGUGGGCACAUUAAACUCCCACUUCACAGCAUUAUAGUUCGUUGCACUUGGCAUGUGCUAAUAGGCCAAUUCAUAUCACACUGUGAACAGUUGGCACUGUUGUUGGGAUAGACCCCUCUUUCUUUUAUCACGUGAAUUCUUACUGUGUCAUAUAUAUAAAUAUUAUAUAUAUUAUAUACAAGACUUGUACUAUCCAUUUGUGUCUUGAUCUGUGAACAUGGUCUUAAGCAUGAAAUAAAAGUUCUGCAAUCUCA